AUGGACGCCAUUUUCGACCAGAUCCUCUCCCACUGCAGCUACCGCACCCUUCUCACCUUCCGGCUGGUGUCAAAGGCUGCGUGCGACCUGAUCGACGACCACCUCCUGCGCCACGUCGCCGCACGCCAGAACCGCCAGAAGAACUGGUGUAUUGGUCCCCCCACCUCUGACAAGACCCUGUCCGCCAGUAUCGCCGUCCUCCCUCAAGCCCUCCAUGCCGUCCACGUACUCGACACUGCCGGUAUUGCGGUCCCUCGGCCCUUCUUUACCUGGUUCCCCCAUGUCCACACUAUCCGGAGGUGGUCGGGAACCAUGGGUGUCGCGACCGAGUAUCCCCCCAUCAUCCCCAUGCUCGUGGACUAUGCCGACAUAUCCCUCGCCCGACCGACCCCGAUCGUCCUCAUCCCGCAAGGUGUCAGGCUUCAUGUUUUGCACGUCAAGUUUCCCCACACCAAUUGGGAAACAGCGGAGACUGGCGUGUACGUCGGCGGCGAGUCUGCACAGGGGGAGAUGGUCCUGGUGGUGUGGCCGUCUGGGAUUCCCCCGUCCCCCCCAAGCGCAGAGCAAAUGAAGACGACGCGACUCGAGGUCGCCGUCUCGUACCUUUCACUUGCCGCCCGCCAGCACGCCAAGGGGAGCAGGUACACCUUCGUCGGACUUGAGAGGGUUCACCCCGGACUUCUGGGUCAGAACAAGACACCCACCGUCGUCCCCCAGCAGCUAUUCGACGUGAUCAAACACACGAUCAGGAUGAUCUACCGCAUUCACAUCAAGGACGACCGGAUGGUCGACAACUUGAUGACAAGGACGCGGCUGCUGACCCACAACCAAUGGGCUCAUGAGAUGGGAAACGUCAUUGGGACCGAGUGGGAGGAUGACAUAGUGUUCAAUGACUGGCUACGGAAGAGCCAGGAGGUUGGCAGGGGAUGCCAGGCCCGCCGGGGAAGGUGA